CAGCUGUUCUAGAGACUCUGCGCCCCAUCCGCCGCAUUUCAGCACCGUCUCCAGGCUGCUGCAGAUAAAGCGCGCUCCCCCCUCUGCGCUGCGCGAUUCACCAGCAUCCUGCAGACAUGGACGUGGUCAACCAGCUGGUUGCCGGGGGGCAGUUCCGUAUAGUGAAGGAGCCCCUGGGAUUUAUCAAAGUCCUGGAAUGGCUCUUCUCUAUCUUUGCCUUCGCAACAUGUGGAAGUUAUUCUGGACAGUUCAGUCUGAGCAUUGAAUGUAACAACAAAAACGAAAGCAAGCCGAAUAUAAAAGUGGACUUUGAAUACCCCUUUAAGCUGCACCAGAAAUAUUUUGAAGCCCCCACGUGCCAAGGUGGAGCCACUUCCAAGGUCUUCUUAGUUGGAGACUACUCUUCCUCUGCUGAGUUCUUUGUCACAGUGGCUGUCUUCGCCUUCUUGUACUCUCUCGGGGCACUCCUCACAUACAUAUUUCUACAGAACAAAUACCGUGAGAACAACAAAGGCCCAAUGAUCGACUGCAUAGUGACAGCUGUUUUCACGUUCCUUUGGCUGGUCAGUUCCAGCGCUUGGGCCAAAGGCUUGUCGGAUAUCAAGUUGGCAACUGACCCUGAGAUGAUCAUCAAGAACCAGAUCCCACCGUUCGAGAAGGGCGAAGGAAAGUGUCAGGAACUGAGCGACCCAGUUAUGUCUGGGCUUAACACCUCUGUGGCCUUCGGGUUUUUGAACUGUGUCAUCUGGCUGGGGAACAUUUGGUUUGUGUUCAAAGAGACAGGAUGGUCAACUCCAUUUAUGAAGUACCCACCACCAGCGCAAGAGAAGCAGCCGGCGCCUGACAGCUACACCCAGGCCCAGGGCUACGGCCAACAAGAUACCUACGCACAGCAAGGUGGCUACCAACCCGACUAUUAUGGCCAGCAAGCUGAUUAUAAUCAGCAGGGGUACACCCAGGCGGGAUAUACCCAACAAGCCGCCCCCACCUCCUUUUCCAACCAGAUGUGAGCUGGCGUCUCCAGAGCUGACCAGUGAGCUUCAGGUUGUAAUGUUCUGAUGUGCAGUGCUGCAGCCCAGCUGCCCUGAGCGAAAUUCCAUGGGAGAAUGUUGUGUCCGUGAUGUUUAUAUAAUAUACUAUAAUAUAUAUAUAUAUAUUUAAAAAUAUAUAUCUGUACCAAAACACAGGAAAACCCCAUCUCAUUCUAUCAGAGACUGUCUUCCUGCAGAGCAUUGCUGUUUAACCCUCUCCGUGCCGCCAUCCUGCAGAGCAUCGCUGUGUCACCCUUUUUUUUUUUUUCUUCUGACCGAGUCAUGGAGAACAAUUACCAAAGUAUCAGCUUUUUCUGAACGGAGAAAGGGAUACUGAACAUUAUUACGGCCAUUGAUGAGUAGACGUACUAUUGUCAUAAAGUGAUUUGUAGGAUAACCAGGCUCUCGGACAGGAAAGGGUGUUUUGUACGUAUGUUUCUUUAUACUUUAAAGGGAAUAUUCCCCUGUAGCACAGAGUUCUGAAGCUUUUUCUAGUUAGUUCUGUAUUUCCUUUAGAGAUCCGUGAUCUGUCUGCAGUUUGCAAUGCAUUGUAGGACCCCGUUGCGUAAAAAGGGAUGGAUCGGGGGCUUGUGUUUAGGGAAAUGCUGUCAUGCGCCCAUGUGAGGUUUGGGUGGGUCGUGAUGGCACAGGCUGGGUUAUGCCAUAGCAGCUCGGGUGCUGAAUAGGUGAGAAACAGAAUAUAUCCGGGGUGUCCAACCUGCGGCCCUUCAGCUGCUGCAGGACUACAUCUCCCAUCCUCCUCAGCCAGCCCCUUAGCUGAAAGAGCAUUAUGGGAGAUGUAGUCCCGCAGCAGCUGGAGGGCCGCAGGUUGGACACCCCUGGAAUAUAUGUAUAUGGAAGCAGGGGUAAUUAGCCCCACAUGCACUGCUGGGCACUGACUGCCCUUCUUACCCCCUUACUUAACCCUAUUACUGCCAGCUUCUCAUGUGCACCCCGUCACCCCCUAAAUCACCCAUGCCUGGUACCCCAUUGUGCUGUAUAUCGUGUUUGUGACACUGAAGUUGCGUGUUGUAAUCCUGGACUGGAAAUAAAGACAGGCUGGAAAAGA